AUGAUGUCAUCACAGAAUGACGAGGACCCUUUCCUCCAGGUGCAGGCAGACGUGCUAUCCGCCCUCAACACCGCGCGACCGCUCUUCAAGUCGUAUCUACGUAUUCGUUCCUCGGCUUCAUCGGCAAACAGUCCCGAGCUCCGAGAAGCGCGUAGCGAACUUGAACAGACACUCCAAGACCUCAGCCAAGAUCUCGAGGACCUAGUAGAGAGCGUCAAGGCAGUGGAGCAUGACCCUUAUCGGUUCGGCCUGGAAAUUGAUGAAGUUGAGCGACGCAGAACUCUGGUCAAAGACGUUGGCUAUGAGAUCGAAAACAUGCGCGAGGAGCUGCAGCAGACAGUCCAACACGCGAAGAACAAGGGCAAAAUCGCAGCCAACGGCGAUGUUCUGCCCGAUCCGGAUUCGUUUGAGGAUGAAGACAACUAUGCGGCAUUUGAGCAGGAAAGACAAGUGGAGAUGAUGCACGAGCAGGACGAGGCCCUCGACGGCGUCUUCCGCACUGUCGGCAACCUGCGACAGCAAGCCGACGACAUGGGUCGUGAGCUUGAGGAACAGGGUGAGUUACUCACCGAUGUCGACAACGUGGCAGACCGAGUUGGUGGAAAGCUUCAAACAGGUCUCAAAAAGGUCGGCUGGGUGAUUAAGCAAAACGAAGGUGAGAUACUUGUUAUCCGUUCAACGGGCGUUGCUGAUCAAUUUCUCUAG